UUCUAGUAAAACAAAAAACAGUGACUAAUAAAGAGCAAAGAAGUCAAAAGAAGCACAAUUAACAAGACGAUGGAAACUGCGACAGAAGAUGAUACUCCGGGAAAGGAAACAAAAGCCGAGAAGAAAGAAAUCCCAUUCACGGGUAACUUCAAAUCUCUMAAUCGAAAACUUUUAGUAUCUAAGCUGUUUUAUUUCUGUUACUGGGGAGCUGUUGGKUCGUUUUUCCCUCUUCUUGGAGUGUACUUCAAACAGCUUGGUAUGAAUCCAAGUUUAAGCGGGACUUUGGUCGGAUGUCGGCCGAUGGUUGAAUUUCUCAGUGCGCCUGUGCUUGGUACCCUUGCCGACAGACUAGACAAGAGGAAAUUUUUGUUGAUGUUUUCCCUCCUGUCUUGGAUUUGUUUCACCUUUUCGUUUGCAUUUAUUCAGCCUGCACCAGUGACUUGCCGAAAGUACUUUGUUCUUACCAAAAAUGUUUCUAAGAUCACCAAAGGUGAAACCUCAGAGGUUCAGAAAUUCCUUCAGCCGAAUACCCCUAAUGAAGCUGAGCCURAGUUUAACGCAAAGAGCUCGUUGGUCUACGAYUCAGAGGGAGUGCAUCARGUUUUUAUGGUAUUGCUGUUUUUGACAUUAAUAGGAGARUUUUUCUCUGCYCCYGCGAUCACCCUUGCUGACUCAGCUACUCUUGGAAUGCUGGGAGAGAAUAAGGAACUCUACGGAAAGCAAAGACUYUGGGGAAGUUUAGGUUGGGGAACAGCCAUGUUCUUACUGGGUUUCAUUAUUGAUAGYAUGGAAGGGGUAGAAAUGUGUGGAGARACUAUMAGCCAGAAUUACACCAUUGGAUUUUAUUCCUUUGUUAUYUUUAUGUCGUGCGCUUUUUUGGUAGCGACAAGAUUCACAUUUGUGAAACAYAAGGAAACUUUUGACAAUGUCGUCGAAACAGAUUCGUCGAGCAGUUUUAAACUCUAUAACACACUCUGCUCAAUUCGCUAUGGCGCCUUCUUAUCCGUCACUUUUUUCAUGGGAUUCGGAAUYGGRUUGAUUUUCACWUUUCUAUUUUGGCACCUUGAGGACCUCGGAGGCCCUCCCACGCUCUUCGGAAUUGCAUCAUUGAUCGAUCACUUAUCGGAGAUUAUUUGUUACUUUUACGUGGGUCACUUUAUAAAAUUUGCUGGCCACAUCCCUGUCUUAUAUAUCGGACUGGCCGGAAACUUUCUCCGCUUUGUUUACAUUGCCUGGAUCAGAAACCCGUGGCUGGUCCUUCCUCUGGAAAUUCUUCAGGGUUUUACCCAUGCGGCAGUGUGGGCCACAUGUACGAGUUACAUGGGRCGUAUAGCACCAGUAGGAUUUGGUACCUCAGCACAAGGAAUACUGCAAGGUUUACAUCAUGGUCUUGGGAGAGGAUGUGGUGCUAUCAUUGGAGGCUUGCUUACUCAUAGAUUUGGCACAGAAACUAUCUUUAGAUAUUAUGGAGUAGCAAACUUGAUUGUUCUAAUUCUGUUCUUUAUUUUGCAAAAAAUUCUGGGACCUGAUGAAAGUAUUUCAAAUAAAACUGAAAAYAYAAAWCCCAAGUUAAAGGAAAGUCCAACAGCAAGUGUCCCCCCUGGAUCACCGCCAUCAAUUGUUGGUCCYGUAGUACCUGGCUUAUUUGAGGAAAAGGUGUCAGAAGAUCCAAAAUUUCACGUKGUUGGCCGUCACAUACAGCCACCAAGAAAAGAAUUUUUAAGUUAACCUUGAUGAGAACUCCAUGCUUUUUAGGCACAGAGCAGAUAUGUUGUGCAUUCAUUAAGGCCAUGGAAAMACUUAACAGUCACCACUAUUCAUAACUUGUCCAAUUUCUUUUWCCAUUAAGAAUGGACACAACAUAUCAAAUUCAGCUUAUCAAGAGCAUCUUGAUGCAACAGUUAAAUUGGCAAGGAACAUGCAUCAAAAAAUGGUGUAAAUGUUUGUUUCUUCAAAAACAAAACCUAAUACACAAUAGGAAAGUCCUUUGCUUGCAAACAUUCUUUUCACACUUUGAAUUGUUUUACCAAUCCCAAUAGGUGAAAAGAAAGGAAGGGAACAAUACAAAAAUGAAAGAAAAAAAUAUUAUCAUUUCAAAUUAUUUGCUGCUUUUUAUUAAGUUGAUUUUUAGUAUUUUCAUAAGAUAAUAUUCUAAAAGAUAUAAAUAUAAUUGUUCAUGAAGAUGAGAUAAUGAUUUAGAAAUUUAAAUUAUGGCAUAAUUGAAAAACAGUAUUACAACAAAUUACUGGGUGAUUGAUUUGCGACCAGGCCUGCAUGUGAAUUCGCCAAGGUUGUAAGCCAGUGAGCCCGUGCAUUUUUGUGAAGCGGUCAUAUUUGAAAGUG